CUCCCGAGCAGCGGCGGCGGCAGCGGCAGCGGAGUUCGGGUUGCUGCGCGGGUGCCGGGUUCGCGGCCGGGCGCCGCAGGAGGACCAGCACCUAGAGCCGGGCCACGGCCCGCGACUUGGUGACCAAGCGGCGGCGCUGCUGCUGCGGGGCUCGGGCGCGCGGCCCGGCGGGACCGAGGACGGCGGGGCAGCAGGGCGCGGGCGCUGCGGGCCGGGGCGCGCCAGAUGAUGGAUUUGGACGUGCUUCUAUGAAGAAAUGCCACGUGUCUCAACUGGUCCAAGAACAAACAUGUCCAGACUCCUGCCACCUUAGGGGACUAGGUCUUGGUGACAGCGCUUCCCGGGGAAUCAGGCGCGGUCUGACCCAGGAACAGGAAGCACAUCAUCACCAAUGACAUCAUGACAGCAAGAGAGCACAGCCCUCGCCAUGGGGCCAGGGCCCGUACGAUGCAGCGGGCUUCCACCAUUGAUGUGGCAGCCGACAUGCUGGGCCUUUCUCUGGCAGGAAAUAUACAAGAUCCAGAUGAGCCCAUUUUAGAAUUCAGCUUAGCUUGCAGUGAGUUGCAUACUCCAUCGCUAGAUCGAAAACCAAAUAGUUUUGUAGCAGUGAGCGUCACCACCCCUCCUCAGGCAUUCUGGACGAAACACGCGCAGACGGAGAUCAUCGAGGGAACCAACAAUCCUAUAUUUCUAAGCAGUAUUGCCUUCUUUCAAGACUCUCUUAUCAAUCAGAUGACCCAAAUCAAACUCUCCGUGUAUGAUGUCAAAGAUCGAUCUCAGGGAACAAUGUAUUUACUGGGUUCUGGAACAUUCAUUGUCAAAGACCUGCUCCAGGACAGGCAUCAUAGGUUGCAUUUAACACUAAGAUCUGCAGAGAGUGACCGUGUGGGUAACAUCACCGUGAUCGGCUGGCAGAUGGAAGAGAAGUCAGACCAGCGGCCCCCUGUGACCCGGUCUCUGGAUACCGUCAAUGGGAGGAUGGUUCUCCCGGUUGAUGAGAGCUUGACAGAGGCGCUGGGAAUCCGAUCCAAGUAUGCUUCGUUGCGAAAAGACACUUUACUGAAAUCGGUGUUCGGCGGCGCCAUCUGCCGCAUGUACCGGUUCCCCACCACGGACGGCAACCACCUGCGGAUCCUGGAGCAGAUGGCGGAGAGCGUGCUCUCCUUGCACGUGCCCCGGCAGUUCGUGAAGCUCCUGCUGGAAGAAGACGCGGCCAGAGUGUGUGAGCUGGAGGAGUUGGGGGAUCUGUCCCCUUGCUGGGAGAGCCUCCGGCGCCAGAUUGUCACUCAGUACCAGACCAUCAUCCUCACGUACCAGGAGAACCUGACUGACCUCCAUCAGUACAAAGGUCCCUCGUUUAAAGCGAGCAGUUUGAAAGCAGAUAAAAAGUUAGAAUUCGUUCCCACAAACUUGCACAUACAGAGGAUGAGAGUUCAAGACGAUGGGGGUUCAGAUCAGAACUACGACAUUGUCACCAUCGGAGCACCAGCUGCACACUGCCAAGGUUUUAAGUCAGGAGGUCUCCGCAAAAAGCUGCACAAAUUUGAAGAGACCAAGAAGCACAGUUUUGAGGAGUGUUGUACACCAUCCAGCUGCCAGUCCAUAAUCUACAUACCACAGGACAUCGUCAGAGCCAAGGAGAUCAUUGCCCAGAUCAAUACCCUGAAAACCCAAGUGAGUUACUAUGCAGAGCGGCUCUCGAGGGCAGCCAAGGACAGGUCUGCCACUGGCCUCGAAAGAACCCUCGCCAUCCUGGCAGACAAGACCCGGCAGCUGGUCACCGUGUGCGACUGCAAGCUGCUGGCCAACUCCAUCCACGGGCUGAACGCGGCGCGGCCCGACUACAUUGCCUCCAGGGCCUCCCCCACGUCGAGUGAGGAGGAGCAGGUGAUGCUUAGGAACGACCAGGACACCCUCAUGGCCAGGUGGACAGGGAGGAACAGCCGGUCUUCUCUGCAGGUGGACUGGCACGAGGAGGAGUGGGAAAAAGUGUGGCUGAAUGUAGACAAGAGCCUGGAGUGCAUCAUUCAGCGGGUGGACAAGCUACUGCAGAAGGAGCGCCUGCACGGCGAAGGCUGUGAGGAUGUCUUCCCGUGUGCGGGCAGCUGUACCAGCAAGAAAGGUAACCGGGACAGCCACGCCUACUGGAUCAAACCGGAAGACCCCUUCUGCAAUGUGCCCUCCUCACCAUGCCCCUCCACCGUCUGCUCGAUGCCAUCCUCACCUGCAUGCCAUCCUCACCUGACCACACAUUGCAGCCCCCCUCCUGACGAGUCCAGCCCAGGUGAAUGGAGCGAGGCCCUUUACCCCCUGCUGACCACCCUCACAGACUGCGUGGCCAUGAUGAGCGACAAGGCCAAGAAGGCGAUGGUCUUCCUGCUCAUGCAGGACAGCGCUCCCACCAUAGCCACAUACCUGAGCCUGCAGUACCGCCGCGAUGUGGUCUUCUGCCAAACCCUGACUGCUCUCAUCUGUGGCUUCAUCAUCAAGCUGAGGAACUGCCUGCAUGACGACGGCUUCCUGCGGCAGCUCUACACCAUCGGGCUGCUGGCCCAGUUUGAGAGCCUGCUGAGCACCUACGGUGAGGAGCUGGCCAUGCUGGAGGACAUGAGCCUUGGAAUCAUGGACCUGAGGAACGUGACCUUCAAAGUCACUCAGGCCACGUCUAAUGCAUCGACUGACAUGCUGCCUGUCAUCACUGGAAAUCGUGAUGGGUUUAACGUGCGGAUCCCGCUACCGGGCCCCCUGUUCGACGCACUGCCCCGGGAGAUCCAGAGCGGCAUGCUGCUGCGGGUGCAGCCCGUCCUCUUCAACGUGGGCAUCAACGAGCAGCAGACACUGGCCGAGAGGUUUGGCGAUACAUCUUUACAAGAAGUUAUCAACGUGGAAAGUUUGGUGCGGUUAAACUCCUACUUUGAGCAGUUUAAGGAAGUUUUGCCCGAGGACUGCCUACCUCGAUCUCGGAGCCAGACAUGCCUGCCGGAGCUGCUGCGUUUUCUGGGCCAGAAUGUGCACGCCAGGAAGAAUAAGAACGUCGACAUUCUCUGGCAAGCUGCUGAGAUCUGCCGCCGCCUUAACGGGGUCCGGUUCACCAGCUGCAAGAGCGCCAAGGACCGCACGGCCAUGUCAGUGACGCUGGAGCAGUGCCUGAUCCUGCAGCACGAGCACGGCAUGGCCCCGCAGGUGUUCACCCAGGCGCUGGAGUGCAUGCGCAGCAUUGGAACACGGGAGGUAGUCACCCAGAAGAACUUGAGCGGCCUGGUGCCCAUCCGAGACUUAAGACUAGAUCCCAGCCUCCUCUGUUCCAUCCCUUUGUUAGCCCUGAGCCCCAAUUUACUGAUUGUGUGGCUCUUCCUGAGCAUAGCAUACCUGGUGACCAAAUUGCGUUGCAAAUGAGUACCAUUGCGAAAAAUCAGUACUAAGUCACAAGAAAAACAAAAGUGCCAGAAUAUGUCCAGCCACCUGUGUACCUAACUGGACAGAAGGAAUGUGUCAGAGCGUGGUCUGCCAAGAAAUAUUUCAUGCCUUACAGUUUGACGUUCUGUUGUUCUGAACUGUAAAUACCUGCCAAAUUAUUUCACCGAGAGGACUCGUGCGUUUAAAUUCCAUCGAGUUUUCAGUGCUUGUAACAUGUUCUUACAGUGCCCUGUCGCUGCGUUGUUUAGCUGGCCUGGAGUUGUUACCAAAUCUCUCACCUUCUGAUGUAAAACUAUUUAUUACCUGUAUAUCUCCUGUGCUCUGUUUCCGAGAGAAGGGGAUUCUGUCUGAAGAGAAUUUGUAUAUUUGAUACUAUUCUUUCAUGUACUGCUAACCUUUCCUUUCCUUUUGAAGAGAAGCAAAAAGGAUAGAUAGAUGCUUAAUAACCGGCUCAUCUAGAUCAGCCUAUUUAAUAGGACAUGUACUUUCUGCUUUCAUUUCAAAGCGUAGUCCCUGAACUCAGAGUAGCAAACACUUUGCAGAAUCAUAACAUUCCUCGCUUGUGUUUUUGAUUUCCAGUUUGAGACGACACAAAGCUGUGACCGCAGUUGCCCAUUGUACCAAGGCAGGCACAUUAAAAUAACAUACUGCAUGUGACUUUUGAUUUACUCUUUGAAAUCUUUAAGGAUCACUAAACUGGUUACAGGAAUUAGUGCAUAUAGGAACAAAAGGCUGUUAAAUACAUUUAUUUUUCAUGAAGCAGUAUUUUUCAUUUUAAAAAAUCAAAUGUGGUUAAUAAUGAUAAUUUUGAAAAUCAAAAAAAAAAAAAAAAGAUCCCAAAACGGAGGCCUAACCUUUGGGCACUUGUGGCAGAUGGAACUGUGAGAGAGAAGGCGUUGCUUGGGUUUGUGCUAUUAGCACUCUUCAUGUAACAUGGAAAUGCCCAGAAAACGAGGUGGUUCAUAACCUUAACUUUCACAUUUGGCAGAAGAGUAAUUGAAUGUCUGUAAAGGUAACAGAAUAAAUUAGGGGGAAAUUCCAUGGACUUUGUAUAAGAAAUACUCAGUGGCUUCUCUGUUUUCCAGCCCAAACUAUGCCAUACUACUGUUUUUGACCACCAGCUGGUUCCCCAUACACUGGAUUUUAUGAAAGUGGAUUUCUUUUUACCAGUCUAGAAAAAUCGGAGUGAAUUUAGAGAAGCUGUCUUUUCCAGAAACUUUACUCCCAUGCAUACACACAGACCAAGUCCACCACAAAAUCUGCCCCCUCCCUUCCCUUCCCCAAGAGGUCCAGAACUUACUCUGGGACUUACCUGGUUUGGCAUCAGUUCUGAGUCCGCAUUCUAGGAAUGGUAGAAGCAGUUAGCAACGAAUAACAAAUGCCAGACUCAGGCUUUAAAUUCUAAGACUGUCCUUCUCACACCCCUGGGAGGCCCUUCUUUCCUAGACCCCCUGAGCACUGCAGGAGCCUUAGGGCAGGGUUCCUACCUGUAGUUCGGGAAGCCAGUCUUCUCACGAGUGCCAUAUAGCCACUCUGUCUUUUCUAGAACAACUGAGGUGGCCGUACUGGGGCAUAGCCCCUGACACUCUUCAGUAGGGAGUCUCACCGGAUGCCAAGGGACAGGUGGUGUUGUUAAGUUGUAGCAACACAACACUAGUCACUGUCUGAUCCGUGAUUCUUUGAGAGGGCUGUUCACCUCCUGCCUCCUUCAGAUUGAGGUGCAUGCAUCAGCGCUCCAAGAUUUGAAAGAGAGAAAGUAGAGUCCGCAGGCCCUUUCAGCUCCCAUUCCACAGCUUCCCAGUCCCUGCCCUGGUUCAAGUGCUCCUGAUGCCUCACGGGGGUGACACGUGCCUGUGCCCACCUCCGGGCCUGGCCGAGACUAUGCACCCAUGAGGGAGGCCCUUCUGACUACCGAUAGCACCCACUCCACUCCCCGGGCCUGUGGGUGUUCCUGUGCCACUCCCCAGAGACUCCUCCCCGGAUGCACCCCCCGUCCCAGCAAAGGGAGGCCAUGGCCAGCGAGAGAGGCCCCUCUGAGCCUGCUCCUCACUGCCAGGAUGCCAGCUAGGCCUUCCUGCCCUGUGGAGGUUGGAAAGGAGAGAAGAUAAGGUUCUUUGUUUUUCUCUUCAGGGGCUGAGCCAAAAGGCCAUACAUUCUAGCUGUCUCCGGUCAUGAGGGCUAGCACAAGAAAGAAGGCCAGGAGAUCGGCCUAGGCUCUGAAUUGUUGUUGCCGUCUUUCUUCAGAACGUCUGAGGAAAGAGACUCAUUGUGCUCGCCCUUUGUGCUGAGUUUUAGCAACACUAAGGCUUUCUACUUAGGAAAUCAGACUAAAUAUGUAUCUGAAAAUCUUUUCUGCUUUAGUGAGAAAUAGGCUGGAUGAAACAAACACGGGAAGAUGAUUCACAAGAGGGGAGUCUGGUAUUUGGUGAUGGUUUUCAGGCUGCUUCUGAGGUGAUGCUAGCACCGGGAGGGACGUUGUCAGUGGCCGCCAACACUCGAUACUCAGUAACACUAGACCCCAGUGCGUCCAGACGAGUUUCAAAGGAGAAGAUCCACACCAGAAAGGGAGAACCAGAGGAGUCCCCAAAAUUAGUUGUCAUCUGGGUUUCCAUUCUAAAUUCUCAUUCAAAAAAAGGAUGUCCUUGAAAAGAAAGCAUUUAUCUACAGAAUACAAAAUAAUGGUGGAGCUUUGAAAUAGUUAAAUCCCUCUUUCUAAAAUCUAUCCAAGACCUUUUCAGUGUGUGCUAUUGGCACCUAAGAACUGUGCAGCCCAUGUGAUGGAUGAAAGCGUUCUACCUUAGGGACAGAAGGCUGGCCCCUGCAGCAGGAAAGGCCAGUUAGCACGGACACCUUCUCCCCUCUGCAGACUUCAGUCUCACGUGCUGGCACCCGAGCUUGUGGAAGCAAGUCAUGACAGGGUCGGUGUGCCAUCAGCCUCAGCAGUUAGGUUUUGUAAAUUCACAACAUUUGAGGGAAAGUAAAUACAAUUUGCUUUAAAAAUUAAAAUUGCAUUUAAAGGGUAAUCUUGAUUACAGUUCCAUGUAUCUCAUAUUCAUCCAGUUAAACCAGUAAUUAGUUUCUUUAAUAUAUGUAAAUAAAAGAUAAUGCCAAAGUUGAUAAAUUCUUCUUCUUUGCUCCUCAAAGCAGUUUGGCAUUUACUACUGAUAGGUGUCCAUUUCUAUAUAAAUAGAGAAGCCAUAUCUGAAAUAGUUUGAUAAUGUGAGAACUUCCAAAGAUUAAAUAAGACUAACUGUGCAUAGGAACCUAGAGCUUCUGCUUUAAAUGGAAUUAUAUUUUUAUCUGAUUACUGGAUGUUAGACAAACAUGAUCAUUCUUUACUCUAGGGGCUUCCUGCUCACAUGGCCUAGGUGCGCUCAGUUCAGAUGACACACGUCUCGCUGAGGGCUUGAGGCUCUGGUGACAAGAAAGCAUAGCUGAGUUACUAAAUUACUUAAUAACAAGCAGGUGGAUACUUUUCUAAAAUACCUGAGCUUAUCUUUUGAAUAAAAUUACUCUUACCAAAAAUAUUUUACAUGUUCUUGAUAAUGAGACUGUCAUUUUCACUUAAGCAAUUGCCACUGAUAUUUUUUUAAAAUGCAUGACAUAAUGGUCUUCAUACAAUUUGAAAUAUUUUUUUUAAAUCACUAUUUCUUGGUAACUCCAAAUUUUACAUCUCAUAAUGGGGAUUUUUGUACUAAAUUUGAUAACUAGUCGAUUUAAUUGCUAGUCUAAGAAUAAUAUAAAAAUGUAAAGUUCUACUGUGCUUAUAGGAAGUCAUUUAUAUUUAGAACCGCUUUUGCCUGUUAAUUUGAUGUCUACAGCAGAACAUUUCCCAGAGAACUCCCCUGUUGCUCUCACUUGGGAAUGUGAAGCCUGCCUGAUGGCUCAUCCUCCUGUUCAGCAUUUGCUGUGCCCACUGGGUUGCCAUGACAACCCUCCAUCUAAGACAGUUGGGGAUGAUGCUGGGAGCGGGUUCUCUAGGGAAGGGCACCUGUGGGCUCUCCCUGGCUUAGUGGUAUGCCUGUGAGAGGUGACCACAAUGAGGACAGCCCACAUGGAGAAGGCUGCCAUGAGGAGAUCUCAGUGGGAUCACUCCUUCAUGACACUUCUAGCCCUGAUAGCUGUGCAGACCCAGCGUGCCACCAUUGCAUGGGCUCACUGAUAGCUUUGCACCCAGGACACCCAGGGCUCACUGAUAGCUUUGCACCCACUGUCUCCUCCGUGGGGAUGGCAUGUUAGAGCAGCCUUCUCAGCCAGAUGGCUUUGCUACAUACCGAAUUCUGCAAGGAAAAUGAGCCUUUUGAAUUUGAGGUGAUUAAUAGCCAUUGCUAAUAUAGAAAAAUGCGGCUCUUGAAAAGCUUUGGUAAGAGUAGCACCAUUUCUCAAUGUUCCAUUUAAUUUGCGAUGUAACAGAACGUUUGAACCGCUAGUUAUGAUAGAAUCCUCAAAUUACUUGACAUGACACACAUGAAAACCAUUCACUUAAAAACAAAAGUUUGCUUCUGCUUAGACACAGCGCUGCCUCUGGAAAUGCCAGACUCGCAGUCCCAUCCAGCAUGUGUCCAUGUCUGUGCUUCUUAGUUGCCUUCCUCGUUCAGAAGCCCGCCAUCUUGCGUGCAUAUUGUUGUAAAUGAGUCCCGCACCCAUUUGAAUUAAUCAACAUUUUUUUUAAUGCUAUGAAAAUAAUCAAUUCAUUUCAUUUUAGUUUAAGUCUUUUCUUUUUUCCUUUUUUACUGCUGUCAUUUCUUGUGCUUGUUUUUUU